AUAUUUAAAACAAAUCGAAAUUUCAUGCGCCGACCCUAUUGCGUAUUCCCUGUCAUCAAGUUAUCUUACGUCCGGAAUGUUUCUUAUUGUAAAAUAAUUAAAGUUUUUACGAUUUUUUAUUUAAUUCCCAUGCCCGUAACCCCAUUUCACUUGAAAUUCACCAAAAAAUGUUCGAAUGGCGUAAAAUUUUAAAAAAAAUUACAUCUAGAUUAAUUGAAUUUUGAAACAGAAUUGUUCAAGGGCAUGUUGAGAGAAAAUCAGAAUAGCAGUACAGAGAAGGGAACAGUGAUUCUCGAGUUGUUGCUUUUAAAACCAAAAUUAGAGCAAACAAAACUGGGAAAAGAAAAAAGAGGGAUAAAAAUUCAUCAAAGUCGAGAACACAAAGACAAAGAGUAGAAGAUUUACUAUUCAAGUAUGGUACCACUAGGAACCGAAGGGCACCUGACAGACAGGGUGAGUGGCAGUAUGAUGGAAAGAGUAGCCGAAGAUCGCAGUAGUCGCCACACUUUGCCGGUCAUUGUAAAUGAGGAUACAUUAUGGCAACCGACACCGAUGAUAGACGAAGAUCACCAUCCACUUACUUGGUGGAAAGAGACUGGCGUCGGCGAAAGAAAAGGGCGUCGAGUAUACAACUCUCAUGGCUACGUUUACGCUUUCAAAUACGAGCGCAAAACUGAUUCUUCCCAGGUUUUCCGUUGCAGAUCAGUUGACGGUACUGGAAAAGAAUGUCUUUCGCGCGUCAUCUUAGCCAGUAAUUCGUACACACCCAGCAAUGAUCACACGUGUAUAGUUAAGCUUGCGCCAAACAUUUAUGAGAGAGAUAAAAUAGUUCGAAAAGCCAAAGCUGUUGGUCUUAAGUUUAAAGCAGUUUCGGUGAGCAACAUUUUAAGGCCGCUCUUGGAAAACUAUGCCCAUGAGAAUGUCAUAUUACGCUAAAUUUAGUGUUAAGAAAAAUGUGGAUGACCAAAGCGUGGACCAAAGAGUGGAACCAGAUAACUGCAAUUUCGAUGAUUUAUUUAUUUUAACUGUGUAUUUUCAAUGUUGUAUAAAUUGUCAAUAAUAUCUAAAAACUUAUAAAUAGAAUACAAAAGUGAUAAAUAAUAUUUUUUUA